AAAGAGUAAACAGUUCCAAAGAAUUGGCAGAGAAAUUACAUGUAUAACCUUAUACCACAUGAAUACGAAGCUCCUUGGUUCACUCCAUUCACCCAACCAAACGCCAUUCCUGUAAUCCUAUUAACCUAAUAUCGGAAAAAACAGGGAAUCGUGAAGUGGGUGUCGGAAUUCGAUACAGGCGCCGACUAUAGGUGUCUUUGACGGGAAGAAAGGUGAAGAUGACAACUAGUAUUGCUGAUGAGCUCUAUUCAGAAAUUUUGGAGCAGUCAAAUGGAGAGAUGAAUUCAAAAUCGACUUCCUUAGCUAAUCAUUUCAAUUCAAGUGAUUCCCAUGAGGAUGAAUUGUGGAAUGAAGAUGGAUUGUCAUGGAAUGGUUCGAACAAUGAUUCAGAAAAAGAAUCUGACUUGGAUAGGGAAUGGCAGAGGAGGCGAGAUCAAUUCCACACGAUUGGAUACCGAGAUGGUCUCAUAGCUGGGAAAGAAGCUUCUGCACAAAAAGGGUUCAAUACUGGAUUUAGUGAGUCUGUUUUUGUAGGGUACAAAUGGGGCCUUGUUAGAGGUGUUGGGAGUGCUCUAGCCUGCCUUCCGGUUGCAGUAAGUAAAAGGUUGGUUGAAUCCGAGGAAAAGAGAAAUAAGUACCUUCACCUACAUGAAUCUGUUAAUGGGCUUUCCACAUCUGAUGCACUGAAGUUAUUUCAUGAUGAUAUAUCCAAAAGUGUCGAGAAACAAAAUGAUCAACCCAUGCCUACUUCAGACAAGGAAGAAGAGCAUACUCCAGGUUCCAGUGACACUCUCCUAGUAACAUACUACAAAGAUAUGCAGGCACUUAUUCUAGAAUCUCCUGCUUUAGAGGUUGAUUUUGAGAUACCCAAAUAGUUUACCUGUAUAAUAUAGCCCAAGCUUGUAUAAGGUAUGUUUAAUUUCCCUGUACUAAUACUCUAGACAAUGGCGGAAGUAGAUGCUUUAACCUUACUAAUGGCGUAUGGCGAAUUCUGUUGUAUCUGAAUUCAUUUAUACAAAGAAAACCUCGCUUGAUGUUACAAGUUCAUACAAA